ACGAGACAAGAACGCACAAGUGCCGCGCUCUUGUGUCGUACAUUAGCGUGAUACUAUCACGUCAAUGCGCCGACGCCUACUAAAUACUAACCAGAUGGCAUAUAUCCCGCCGCCGUCAUUGCAACCCGCCUUUUACUCAUUUUUAUAUCGACUACAUCUCAUCUCAACAAAUAAUCACAUACAUCGCUGUUUAAUAUAAACACCCCAAAAAAUUAAUAAAAUAAUUCCCCGAUAACUAUGGCCCUAGAAAUUAAUGCAAAAUUCAAGAAACUUAAAUUUCAUUACAUCUGUCAAACAACUCGAAGAAAUCAUAUAAACCCGUCGGCGCUGUCAGCAAACACGCUUCCCGCCUCCGGCCUUUUUCUUAUCCCGUAACUGGUUGAUCACUCACCGGAAGGUAUAUACGACCUUCAUACGGUGACGUCACAUCAACUAUAUAGUUACCAUAGCAAUUUAACCACGAAGAGCUGCAGUGCCCACUUAAGGUUUACUUUAAGUCGGGACCAACACUCAGUUGUACGGGGUAUAAUUAUAUAUCUUAAUAUAUAUUUUACAAUAUAAUAUUGUGAAAUACAAAUAUAUUAAAAUAUAUAAUAUUUUGUAUGAACCCAAACUUCCCAGUUAUAUAUUACGAAGAAUAACUAUCAAGAGACAACAGUGAAGAUUAUUCCAGACACAGAAACAGAACUACGGUACGAUCCAGAUCAAGACGGUAAACAAAGGACAACGUUGUACAAUCUCCCUCCCGUGUUUGGGCGGUGUCCACCACGAACUCGCGGCGGCGUCAUGGCGGACACGAUUUGAGCAGUUGCGGAUGCGGCGCGUACACGGCCGCGGCCGAUGUGGAUCCCGAUGAUGGCUGCGGCCGCACAACAGGACAGGGUCGUACUGUCACCGCGCCGGUUGCAGCAGCACCAGCAGCAGCAGCAGCACACGCCGUCGCCGGAUCGCGACCGAAAUGGCCGGCGCACAUACCUUCACAUGGUGCCCAUGCUGCCGCCUCCUCCUCCGGUCGUUCCUGCGAUCAAUGACGGUCAAGACACAAUUAUUCUGGACCGCUUACAAGAUACUUCGUUCCAAUAUACAUCUGCUUCACCAUCAGUCAUUUCAGGAAAUGCAUUCACUACCCCGUCAAAAAUCUCCAACUCAAUCAACAAAUUGAAUUUAACACAGUCACACUCGAAUAAAUGGGGCAGCUCAAGAAAGGUGCACGAAAGAUCUACUGGACCGGACUGGUUCGAAACAAAAAUGGCGAACGCAAAAAUGGAGAAAAAAAGAUCAUCAAAGUGUUUUUGGAGCUCGUCAUUCGUAGUGGAUCCAACCACACAUUUUCACUAUAAGUGGCUUAUGUUAGUAACUGUCACAAUUCUCUACAACUUGGUAUUUGUAAUCGGCAGAGGCGUAUUCUGGGAGCUGAACAACGCGAUGCCGACCAUUUGGUGGAUAUUAGACUAUGCUUCUGAUGGGAUCUACGUAGUCGACACACUUGUACAUGCGCACGAAGGUUUCCUGGACCAAGGUCUCAUGGUCCGCAAUUCUCAUAAGCUACGGGAAAACUACUUCAGUACAUCCAAAUGGAAAUCAGACUUUCUGAGUCUGCUUCCCACCGACUUGGCGUACUUAUGGUGGCCGUCAGGCAGCUGUUCGGCAUACGUCUUGCCCUGUCCUGUAAUCGUCCGUGCCAAUCGACUGCUCCGAGUACCCAGGAUGCUAGAGUUCUUUGACCGCACGGAAACCAAAACUGGAUACCCAAACGUGUUCCGAAUUUGCAAGGUGGUGUUCGCCAUACUUAUACUCAUACACUGGAAUUCAUGUUUAUACUUUGCUAUAAGCUAUGUUAUCGGAUUUGGGUCGGAUAACUGGGUGUACAAUUUGCAAGGUACUAGGAAUUCAUCACUUUCUAGACAGUACAUUUACUGUUUUUAUUGGUCGACGCUCACGCUCACAACUAUAGGUGAGACACCGCAGCCGGAAAACGAACUGGAACACGUAUUCGUGGUGGCCGAUUUCCUCGCCGGUGUACUCAUUUUUGCCACGAUCGUGGGAAAUAUCGGCAGUAUGAUCAGCAACAUGAAUGUGGCUAGGGUAGAGUUCCAAAACCGCAUGGACGGUGUCAAACAGUACAUGGCUUUCCGACGAGUUUCCAAGGAGUUAGAAGCAAGAGUUAUCAGAUGGUUUGCCUAUACCUGGGCUAACAAACAGGCUCUUGAUGAAGAACGUGUAUUGGCAGCUUUACCAGAUAAACUAAAAGCUGAAAUAGCUAUACACGUACAUCUCGACACAUUAAAGAAGGUCGAGAUAUUUCAGGACUGCGAACCUGGUCUGUUAGAAGAACUUGUGCUCAAGCUCAGACUCCAAGUGUUCAGCCCUGGAGAUUACAUAUGCCGUAAAGGAGAUGUGGGCAAAGAAAUGUAUAUAGUAAAGAGAGGCAUUCUUAGUGUCGUUGCCGAUGACCAAAAAACUGAAAUCGCCACUUUAAGCGCUGGAAGCGUUUUUGGAGAGGUAAGCGUACUAGAAAUAGCUGGAAACAAAACAGGCAAUCGUCGCACAGCCAACGUCCGGAGUUUAGGGUACUCUGAUCUAUUUUGUCUAUCCAAAAGAGAUCUCUGGGAAACACUGAGAGAUUAUCCCGAAGCUAGACACAGCUUAAUGCAACGUGGUUGUCAACUUCUGCGAAAGGAUAGGCUAUUAGACGAGGACGCGUUCCUACAAGCUCAAACGCAGAAUGAAACCAUUAACGAAGCCGUGUCUAGAUUAGACUGUAACCAUUUCGUGUCCCCAAACCGAGGCGUGGAAGGAUAUAUUAGAUUAGCCAACAGCAGGGACGACUUCGGACAGCCAACUGCGCAACAGUCUAACCGCAAGAAGUUGAAGCAAAGGUCAAAAUUCUCGGCGGUCGUUAUCAAACCUAACAGGAAACAAUUCACGCAAGUUUAUACAACUAUGAAAGAUGUAACUACUCGGUUGUCAAAUCUUGUGACCGAAUAUUACAACCAAAACGUCAAGCUCAAUGAAAAAAUUACCGAAUUGGAGGAACAAAUACGAGUUGUCAAAUAUCAUUCAAUAACUGAUUCAAAAUACGGGGAUCAACAGGGUUCGAAUGUUGAAAAUGACUCAACUUCAUCAUCUAACCAAUCAACGGUAUUUGGAACUUAUGCCACAAGAAGAUCGUUUAACGUUCCCAAGAAUUCUUGGGCUCGAAGACGUCGUAAACUUAAGUCUACCUGAUGUUUAACGGAUAGGCUAUCUCAUUUACAGGAUCCAUAUGCCUCGGCUUAAUAUAAACCACGGUGAUUAGUGUAUAUAUUCUUAAUAUUAGAUAGUUCAAAAAAUCAACUGUCAAAAUUAAAGUGAAUUCUAUACACAUGGUUUAUAUUACAUGGAUCAGUGUAGGCAAAUAUUUUUAGGAUAGUCUACUGAAAUGUACAUAUACAAAUAUCUUGUAUAAAACAAAAAGUGUACUCCACAACACAUCAAUUUUUUAUUAUAAUUUACGUAUAAACGAUUUCUUUUUUUGGAAGAAUCAAAAUACUUCAAAACUAUCUAGUUCCAUGAUAUUAUCCUAAGCUAAA